ACGAAUUAAAAGUUCAAAAACAUCAGCAUUGGAAAGAAAAUCAAAUUUGAUCACAUCAGAGAGGCGUCGAGAAGUUGCAGAGAUCUCUCUGCCUAAUAGUAUUUCACAGAUUUCAGAUUUCUUUACGGCGAAUGAAAAGAAGAUCCUCCUCCUAAUUGAAUCACUCUGAAAGGAUUUAUAUUGUGUAUAAGUACAACACUAGUAAGUUACAGACAUGGCUAUGGAAGUAGGUACGCUGUCAGAAGUACAUCAGAAUUCUAAGAGGUUGUUGAUGAGAGUAAGAGGUGAAUUAGAGAGGCUGGAACAAUUGGAGUUUUCAUCACCUGGCGGCAUUGAUUCUCCGGAGCUCUCCUUCUCUAUCAAAAAGGAUAUAUCUCAGAUCCGUUCUCUCUGUUUUGAGAUGGAUCGUCUUUGGAGAUCAAUUGCUUCAAAGACCGAGCGUGAUCUUUGGAAGAGAAAAGUUGAGCAGAUAGCUGAAGAGGCUGAUUCAUCGAAGGACAGCUUGGAUAAGCACUUCCUUCGAAAUCAGAAACGUAUGACAGAAGCUAAGGAAAGGGCAGAGCUGCUAGAAAGAGCUAAUAGGGACUCUGCUCACGUUAUGAGAAUCUUUGACGACGAUUCACGAGCGAUGCAAUCGGCUCGUAACUCAUCCUUGAUGCUUGAGGACGCUUAUUCCACUGGUGUGGCAAUUCUUUCUAAAUAUGCAGAACAGAGGGAUCGCUUGAAGAGGGCACAGCGGAAAGCAUUGGAUAUCCUUAACACAGUGGGACUCUCGAACUCGGUAUUGAAGCUUGUAGAGAGGCGGCAUCGCGUGGACAAAUGGAUUGCAUACACAGGAAUGAUAGUCACUGUCAUCAUUGUUUAUUUGUUUUGGAAGUGGGUACACUGAUAUUUAGUGUAUGCAAAAUCAAAUCAAUCAAGCAUGUGGAAAAUUGCUUCCAGUUUUGUGUCUAUUUAUCUCUGGAUCUGUUUCCACGUUUCUUGAUUGAACUUCAACAGUUAAUACAGUGUCUAAGGAAAGGCUAGGCAAGGCAAAGUUAUAUAUACCCUAUUUUAAUGUUGUA